AUGUAUGACAUAAAUGUAACUAGCAGUAAAACAUUUGAAAUAAAUGAUAACAAACAACACCUACUACUCGACCGAUACGUUAGUCUGUCAGUGGCUCAACAAUUAGUGGCCAAACUGUCCGAUGCUAAGCACCAGUAUCUAGAAUUUGAUGGACUAGUGCACCGAUACUCGCAACCCAUAGUACCCGAUAUUGUACAUCAGAUAAUGUUUACAAUACAUGAAAUACAAUUCAUACACUAUAUAUCAUUGUUAUCGGUACUGAAAAAUCAUAGACCGGCAGUCAUUGUGAUUCACUGCGAUUGUAACCGAUUGACCGGUCAUUACUAUGAACGACUGAUACGUAGGAUUGCCUACACAAACACUACAUUAAUAUUACGUGAAAUCAAAAAACCGACACAUAUUUUCGGUAAACCACUUAGUCGUCGGUUUAGAGACUAUCACGCGGGAGAUAUCACCCGUAUUACAGUAUUGUCACAGUUUGGUGGCAUUUAUUUUGAUAAUGAUAUCUAUGUUGUCAAAAGUCUACACGAGUUUCGCAACUAUGAAAUGACAUUUCAGUUGACAUUCAAAGAUAGCAAACCGAGUGUCGGUCCGCAAGCAAUGAUAGUUCACCGAAACGCCCGGUUCUUAAAGAUAUGGAUCGAUUCGUUUCACGAUUAUAGGGCUGACUCGUGGUUCUAUACGGGCGGUGAACUGCCCGGUAAGUUGGCUCAGAAAAACCGCAACAUUAUCAAUGUUAUCAGUGGAACAUCGUUUGGCUGUUCAUCGGAGGUAUGUCCUAAAUUGUAUGCCAUGUAUUAUCCUGAAUGGGAAAGGGAUUACUAUACUAUACAUACGUAUAUUCGGAGCAACUAUUUCUAUCAUCACGGCUGGUGUAUGCAUGGCUAUCAUACGGAUGUAUUGUAUUAUAACGAGACAAUUGUUGAAACAGUUAACAACACAUUUGCCGAUAUGUGUCGUAAGAUUUUGCAUUGGGAAUCAAACUAA